AUCCCAGUAAGCCCUAAACGCUUGCGACGUUUCUACGAGGCUGUUAAAUUUGAAGAGGCACUCAGCGAGGCUUGCCUUAAGUCCCCGAAUAGUCCGGGAAGGGUACCCAGCGAUCCUCCUCCAGACCGUUCAUACGAUCCCGAAGGGGGCUUCAGGUUCUUCAUCAACAAACUUGCGCACGUCUGCGAUAUACAUCGGGGGGGCAGCACUGUAACUGGUAUCGCAGUGUUGCAGGACUUCGAUGGUGUUCGUUACUUCAUUGGGUCCAAUGAGCGCUCAGAAAUAGACCUCGCAAAGGUGGAAGAGUUUUUGAGGUCGCUCUUCCGCCUGUUGCGUGGCACAAGACGCCAUGGAGAGCCUCUAAAUUCGGACCCCCUCUUCGUCUCUAUUUUCCACCAUAUUAUCAAUUUCAAUCAGCCACGAAUCAGGAAAUACCUAGAUUGGCUCACAAGACAAAUACCUUCCUGUUUAUCGAGCCUGCAGAGGGACUUUGCACAAGUCUCAGACACUUCAGAACCCGACUUGAGAGCCUUUCUCGUGGAACUUCAAAGUCUCGUCACGCGUUUCGAGGAUGCCAGAGUUCGCGACCAUGUCAAAGGAAUCAGAUGCUGCGCCAGUAUUAUCGAAUAUGUUGACGCCCAGCGCGCCAAAAGUAUGAGCGGCAUCAUACUUGCGAUGUCUAGGGAAAAUACGAUCAACCCUGCGACCACUUGGUGCGAUCUUCGUCACAAUAUGGCACGGCUCAAGGCCUACAACGUGUCGACUAAGUCUAUCAUCAGCGCAUACAAUUUCUGGCCUGAGUUAUUCCAAGAAGACAUUCAUAUGGAGAUGGUGCCUUCUAGCCGUCCUCAUCCAAACCCGUUGCGUAGAUUGGACACAACCGCUGCUGCAAUGUUGGGCCGUAUGGUUGCCGACGACGCAGAAAUUGAGCUGCGGCGUGCCGAAGCUGAACAGCUCAAGCAGUUUAAUCUAGACGGCAUUCUUCAUAAAGCGUGCGCAAGGAAGUCAUUCACCCCGCUGGUUCAUGGCGAAGUCCUCGUUCACGAUGCCGCUCGCACCUAUCUGCUGGAGAACCCGGGUGUCACGUACUGGAAAAACUGGCGCUUUGUCGGCAGCAGCAAGCCCACCUGCCGCCUGUGCUCCUACUACUUCUCUUGCAUCAAUGACGUCACCGUCCGCGAAUCCCAUAGAAUCCUCUACUCCAGGUGGCGGGUGCCUGAUGUCUUUGACGAGCGGGCGGCCAAAGCGCGCGACGAGAUUCUGGAUUCCAUAGCCAAGAAGAUUCGCCAAGACGCCCUGCAAACGAUGAGGAGCAAGCUGCCACAAGGCCGGAACAAUGACUCCAGCUCGUUCCCGACCGUGCCCAGGUUUUUCGCCAGAGCCGCCAUAAAGUCUUCUCAGUCUUCCAACAGGGGGGUGGCCCCCGUGGUCGAAUUUGGUCACGGAAGUAACAGCACCAGCUCCUACGAGCAUGCGUCCGAAGACCUUCUCGUCGAGAUGAUGGAGCGGCAGACUUUCACGGCAUCUUUUGAGGAUGACGAGGAUGACGAUGACGAGAACGGCGGCGUGCUGCUCUUUAGCGGUCGCGGGUCACGUUAG